UUGCUUAAAACUCAUUUGGGUUUAGCUUCUUCUUCUUCUUCCUUCUUUCUUCUUAGAUUCUCUGUAGCUGAACUGGAUUCAUGGAUCCAUCAACUCGUCUCUGUAUCUUAAUACAGUAAGGCCUCUGUUUAGUUUGUAUUUACUCUGUUUUUACAAGCUUCCGAGAAGCAUCAAUGGCGGAGUUCAUCUGUUUAUUCGGAAAGGACAGUGCAGCGAUUGUUAUAAAGCAACCAAAGAAAUCACCAUUGUUCUUAAGGAUGAUAGUUCUGGUGUUUGCUAUGGUCUGUGGUCUCUACAUUUGCUCCGUUUGCUUAAAACAGUUUGGUAAUGUCAGUUUCCAAAGCUCCCAACUUGUGCAAACUAGUCCUAUUGAUUCUCACUCGUUACGCUUUGUUACUCGGAUUCAUUACCCAAAGCCACAGACUUUUAAUAGAGAUGAAUGUGGGCAUAAUCCGGUGAGGUACUUUGCGAUACUGUCGAUGCAGAGAUCAGGAAGCGGUUGGUUCGAAACGUUGUUGAAUAGUCAUAACAAUGUAAGUUCUAACGGAGAGAUCUUCUCGGUUUUGGAUCGAAGAAAAAACAUUUCUUCGAUCAUUCAGACUCUUGAUAGAGUUUAUAAUCUUGAUUGGUUUACGAGUGCUUCAAAGAACGAAUGCUCUGCUGCAAUUGGAUUCAAAUGGAUGCUUAAUCAGGGUUUGAUGGAUAACCAUAAAGAGAUAGUUGAUUACUUUAACCGAAGAGGUGUCUCGGCGAUAUUUCUAUUCAGAAGGAAUCCUCUAAGAAGAAUGGUUUCUGUGUUGGCAAAUUCUUAUGACCGUUAUGCUAAGCUAUUGAAUGGGACUCACAAGUCUCAUGUUCAUUCUCCGGAAGAGGCAGAUGCACUCUCUAAGUAUAAGCCGGUAAUCAACUCAACAUCGUUGAUCCACGAUUUACAAGAAACAGAGAAUUCAGCUGCAAAGGCAUUAGAAUAUUUCAAUACCACUCGCCAUAUCGUUGUCUUCUACGAAGAUCUCAUAACAAAUCAAACGAAAUUGAAACAAGUUCAAGAGUUUUUGAACAUUCCUGUGAAGGAUUUGUCAAGCAGACAGGUGAAAAUACACAGAGGAGAUUUGUCAGAUCACAUAAAGAACUGGGAAGAUAUAAACAAGACGUUGAACGGGACUGAGUACGAGAAAUAUCUAAGAGCAGAUUAUUAGUGUUUUUAUAACUUAUCUUAGAGAGACGUUUCUUCUACAAUCAACUAAAAAGGGUUUGCAAAAUGCAAAAAAAGGAAGUCUGAUGUUUGAAGCUUUUCUACUUCUUCUUUAGGUUCUUCUGCUCAACUACUUGUUGAUCUUUUCAUUUUUCUUCAUUUCAUCUUAGAACAGAUAUGAUUUUGUUUUGUAUUGUUUUUUUAAAAAUCUUCUCAUUGGUUGUAUAGGGAUUGGAAAGUGUAUUGCUUAUUUUUAGAUGUCAAUUUAAGGUGUUUUAUUUGUUUAGA